AUGGCACUGAUUCGACUACCACACUCACCAUCUCCCAGUAAACGUUCAGGUCUCGAAAAAGCCAUCUUUCAGGUCGAAGAAGCAAUCAAGAAACGCAGAUCCGAUGCGCCUUCCCACCGCAGUACACUAGAGCAGUUGCAAAGGCUACUGAACGAGGCGCAAGACGAAGAUGGCACGCCGUCUGUUCAAACGCCCAGACUGAACAACGCCAAUGAUGCAUUCUCGUCGGACCCAGGAGACAUGAAGCCUCCUGCAACCCUCCAGCAUUCAGAAAGAGACCAUGCCGGAGGUUCGAGCGACGACCAGCUUGCAGUGGAAGAUGUCGAGAACCCUCUACAACUUCUUGCUCGCGCGUCAGAUCUUCGCAUCACAUCGCCACAUACACUGGACAACGCCAUCUCGACGCCCGGAAGCAAAAUCAACGGUAGUGAGCAUAGUGCCUUCUUGGACGUGCAUCAAUUCUUUCUGCCGAUGAAAGCCAAACUCGAUCAAGGGCAAGGUUACGACCCCAUUGAAAUUGGGCUGGUGACCGAAGGGGAGGCCAAAACACUACUCGCAUAUUUCCACCAGAAGUUAGCACACACUCGUUGGGGCCUCGACCCCGUCGUGCACACCUUGGAGUUUGUUCGGAACCGUUCAUCGUUCCUCUUCACCACUCUUCUGGCGUUUACCGCCGUAUUUCUGCCGGAAACAGCGUCUCUGGCUAAGAGACUGCUCAUUCAUCGACGAUACUUGGCCGAACAGGUCAUCGUCAAGAAGUACAGAUCAGUUGAGAUUGUUCUAGCGUUCAUGGUCAGCAUUCCCUGGAUGCCGCCAGGACAGCAUGCCACCGACGAUGACACGAGUCUCUACCUUGCCACUGCUCUUGCCAUCGCCCUGGACCUCUCCCUGGACAAGGUGAUAACUCCGUCCUCGUCGUUCAACGCAGACCUCAUCAGGCAGAUACCGAGAGGCGAAUGUCUUGACGCAGGCAAAGCACUCACGAUGGAUGGCCUCGAAGAUGUUGAUGCACAGUCGGCAUGGGGCCAGAGGUUACUGCGCCGGAGAGAGAGAGUAUGGAUUGCCCUGUUCGUUCUCGAACGAGGUGUGUGCCUGGCUCGAGGUCGCAGCUACUGUAUCCCGAAGACUCCGCUCAUCCAACACUGCAAUCAUUGGCAUUCCACUCCAAACGCGGAUCCGCAAGACGGCCCACUAGUGUCGAUGGGAGCUCUUCGCAGGGACCUUGACGAUUUGUUUGCCAACGUAAGAAUGAGGUGCGAUGGCUACCGUGUCAUUGACGUCGGUCUCAAGGUUGCCCACGAAAUUGAGAGGGAGAUUGACGAGUUCUUUGACAGGUGGCUUCGGACAUGGACGUCCGUCAUUGGCGAUUUCGAACAUAAAACACUGCCUCCUUAUGUUGAGAUCCUCGUCACGCAUACCCGGCUUUCGACUUACAGCAUGCUACUCAACCACCCUAGCGCACCGCCAGAGGUCAAGCGAUCCUUCCGAGCUUCUGCGGUAUCUUCUGCCUUGAACGUCAUGCGAGCUGCCAUACAAGGCGAAGCUCGCCUCAAGUCGAUGCCGAACAAUACAGUCACGAUGAUUUGCUUUGCUGCGAAUAUCGCCCUCGCUCUGAGCGCACCGACGUCUGGGAAACGUAGCUGCCACAAUCUAGCGCCCAGCGUGCGCAAGCUCAUACAAGAAACUGCGACUGUUCUGGAGCGCAUUGGAAGUUCGCCGAGCCAUCGCAACGGUGCCUCUGUCGUCUACGGUCGAUUUUUACGAGUCCUCGUCAAACAAGCACCGAGCUUGGAGGCAGCGUCCGGAGUACCUCCACAACCCUUUUCACCUCCCACUUCACAGCACCAGCUUGGUGUGUCUCCACCACUCGCGGAUGGUACACAGCCGUUCCCUUCUCUGGACUCUAUCUCGGGCUUUGGCGACCCGCUGCCCUUCUCAGCCAUGUCCUACAACGAAGUGAAGGAGACGGUAACCAACCUCGACUUCUUCACAACACCGCAGCUCGAUAUUUGGAACGAUGAGGGUUCGUACAUGUGGAACGACAUGAUGAAUCUGCCGGACUUCAACUUCCAUUGA